CUCUGCAUGGAAUCUCUCACUUUGCCCGCCCGCCCGCCGCCCGCCCGCUUGUUGUUUGUGCUCGACUGCUUCGUCAUUACCCAAUGCCGUCCGCCAGCGACUCCGCGAAAGCCACGACGCUGAGCGCGACUGGUGCUCCACCGCUAGCCCUCUUCGCCCUGCUGCUGGCCUUCCGCUUCGUCAAUGCCCUGACGCUGCGCACCUUCUUCCAGCCCGAUGAGUUCUUCCAGUCCCUCGAGCCUGCAUGGCAGCUGGCCUUUGGCGAGACCAGUCAUGCCUGCAUCACCUGGGAGUGGAAGAUGCUGUUGCGCUCGUCGCUGCAUCCAGCGCUAUUUGCAGCCGUCUAUCGUGUCGCGGCACUUCUGGCAGCCCUUGGUGGAUUGAGUUUGCCUGCGAGAGCCGAACUGCUCCUCGCAGCGCCCAAGCUGACCCAGGCUGUCAUGGCCGCGCUGCUCGACUGCUACACAUGGAAACUCGCGGAAAAAGUCCAUGGUCGUGGCAGUCGCACCGCCCUCGCUACUCUUGCCUUGUCCGUCUGCAGCCCUUGGCACUGGUUUUGCUCAACUCGGACGCUAUCCAAUUGCCUUGAGACGACCAUCACGGUCAUUGCCAUCUACUAUUGGCCUUGGCAUUGGCGAGGUACCGCUAGCGAUAGCGAUACUAGGCCCAAGGAUAAAUCGCAGAUUGCACAACACCAGCACCUCGGCUCACUUCCAGAGUUACGUCUGUCGCUGUUGCUAGCAGCACUUGCUUGCGUCCUCCGACCCACAAAUGCCCUAGUCUGGUUGUCCGUAUUCGUUCCAACACUAUGGCAAGCUUCGAAAUGGCUGCGGUAUGUGUUGGUCCGCGAAAUUUUAUUUUGCGGGUCCGCCGUCCUCGUGUGUUCAAUUAUGUCCGACAGACUCUACUACGGGGUCUGGACUCUCCCGCCUCUUCGCUUCCUCUACUUCAACAUUGCCCAGUCGUUGGCCGUGUUCUAUGGCAAGAACCGAGCAGACUAUUAUUUCACUGAGGGCUUACCACUCCUUUUAACAACAGCGUUGCCGUUUGCUAUCGUUGGAGUGUGGCAGUCGUUGGGCUUUCGCAACACAACAGUGGCUGCACCGUCUGAAAGUGCUAUACAGCGCUCAAUCCUGCAACGUCUGGCAUGGGUAUCAAUUCUCGUGACAGUAGCGUUGAGCCUGAUAUCUCACAAGGAAGUCCGCUUCUUGUACCCAAUCCUGCCUUUCCUACACCUUAUAGCCGCAAAACAGGUAUCCUCUUUCCUGCCUCCCCACGCCUCACUAUCCCGCAAAGCAGUCAUCUCUAUUCUCUUUGCCUUGAAUCUCCUACUUGCUGGUUAUGUCUCCCAGGUACAUCAGCGUGGCGUCAUUGACGUGCUAUCUUACAUUCGCCAUAAACACGAAACACGCAAUGGCAUGUCUGAAAUUAGUAGCACAAGCUAUGAUCGCCAAAUCUCCAACACCACCGUAGGUUUCCUAAUGCCUUGCCACUCCACACCCUGGCGCUCCCACCUCGUCCACCCGCAAAUUGCUGCAUGGGCGCUGACAUGCGAGCCACCUCUCGGCGUCCCGCUCUCCGAACGCUCCACCUACUUGGACGAAGCAGAUGAGUUCUAUAUCAAGCCUGGGCCUGUCGCUUGGCUGCGCUCGAAUAUGGAGUCCACGGACACCAUCAGGUCUGGCGGAUCGCGGUCUGGACAAUUCUGGAUGAUGCAGGAUCCAAAGCAUAAGCGGAAAUAUAAGCACGAGUGGCCACAGAACCUCGUCUUCUUUGAGCAAUUAGAAGAUACAUUGAGAAAACACCUUGACGGCACAAGGUAUUCGGAGUGCUGGAGAGGCUUCAAUAGCCACUUCCACGAUGAUCAUCGAAGGGUUGGGGAUGUCAUUGUGUGGUGCUUGGACGGAGUGUAGACACAUCGUGUACACAGGUCUGCUUAAGGCGUAUCUUU